AUGGUCCGCAGCGCUUGCGCGACCUGCGCUUGUGGCAGGUGCCACUCCUGCUGCCUCGGCGGCGACAAUGGUGGUGGUGUUGGCGAGUGUGGCAGCGGUGACGGCGAUCGUGGUGGCGGCGGUGGUGGUGGCGUCGGCGAUCGUGGUGGUGGUAGCGGCGGCUGCGUUACCGGCGGCGGCCGCGCUGCUGGUGGCGACUGCGGUGCCGACAGCGGCGGCUGCCCCUGCGGCGGCUCCUCUGCUGCCACGCGGCGACUGCUGCACACCUCGCCGCCCGCCGGGCCUCCCAUUGGCGGACAGUGA